AGCGAUAAGUGUUUUGAAAUGAAAACAUUCAAGAAAACUAAUUAUAUAGCCAUUCAUAUAUAUGUAUAUAUUUUUUCUGUACUGUAAAAGCUAUAUAUUAAUCCAGGUAUGUAGAAAAAAAAAGGUUUUUGACAUUUUUAAAUGAAUCUCGCGGCGAGUGAGAAAUAUAUUUAUAUAAAUGUAUGACGGAUUCUGCGCAGAGUCAAGGCGACGUGAACACUCCCAAAACUUCAGAGCAUUACGUAGCCAGAGAGAGAGAGAGAGAGAGAGAACAAACAAACAAACAGGUGGCUUGUAUAAAAGCAGCUGAUCCGUUUCAAUUAAUGUUAUAGAAUAUUGGAUCGCUUUGAUUCCGAUUCAAUACUGAUCACGGCAAGCCAUCGUGGAGCCAGAAAUCCGGAUGAAGUGUAAACGUCUUUCCACCUGAUUACAUCUGAAGAGCAUCUUCAUCUACCGACAUGCGUGCACAAUCUACUGACACGAUGGCUUCCAGAUCAUGUGCGAUGAGAGAGUGUUUAUUCCCUGCAUGAUGUCUUUUACAGAGCACGGUGGCUUCAAACAUGGCGGAGUUGGAUGGUGGGGAACUCUCUGCGAGUCGUUCACAGAGCAGCAUGGCUAACAAUAAGAACAGCACCCUCCGCUGCACAUUCUCAGCUCCUAGUCACAGUAGCGCACUUCUGAGGGGACUUUCUGCUCUGCGAGACCAAGGCCAGUUACUGGACGUAGAACUCGCCGUCAACAACCAAUGCUUCCGGGUGCACAAAGCCGUGCUGGCAUCCUGCAGUGACUACUUCAGAGCCAUGUUCACUGGUGGGAUGAAGGAGUCAAACCAGGCCACGAUUGAGCUAAAGGGAUUAUCGGCACGCGGCUUAAAGCACAUCAUCGAUUUCGCCUAUAGCUCCGAGGUCACGCUCGACCUGGACUGCAUCCAAGAUGUGCUUGGGGCAGCUGUCUUCCUUCAGAUGAUGCCGGUUGUGGAACUCUGUGAAGAGUUCCUGAAAUCAGCCAUGAGCGUCGAGACUUGUUUGAACAUCGGUCAGAUGGCCGCCACUUUCAGCUUGUCCUCUCUGAAAGAAUCGGUGGACGCGUUCACGUUCCGUCACUUCCUGCAGAUUGCAGAAGAGGAGGACUUCCUGCAUAUCCCAAUGGAGCGCCUGGUGUUUUUCCUUCAGAGCAACAAGCUGAAGGGAUGUAGCGAGAUCGAUUUAUUCCAGGCGGCCAUCCGCUGGCUCAGGCAUGAUGACUCACGGCGUCCAGUAGCGAACGAUGUACUGCGUCACGUACGCUUCCCGCUCAUGCGCUCCUCUGAGCUGGUGGACCGUGUGCAGACUGUGGACAUCAUGGUGGAGGAUGUAUUGUGCAGGCAGUACCUGCUCGAGGCCUUUAAUUAUCAGAUACUUCCUUUCCGCCAACACGAGAUGCAGUCCCCUCGCACCGUCAUCCGGUCAGACAUCAUCUCGCUCAUUGCUUUCGGCGGCACGCCGUACACUGACAACGACCGUACAGUGAGCGCUAAGGUGUACUGCUUAGCUGAUAGCACAGCCCGUCAGUUCAAGGAGCUGACCGACAUGGAGUCGGGCUGCAGCCACGCCUGCGUGUCCGUUCUUGAUAAUUUCGUUUACGUGGUCGGCGGCCAGCACCUGCAGUACCGCAGCGGCGAAGGUGCCGUCGACGCCUGUUUCCGAUACGACCCUCACCUCAACCAAUGGCUGCGCAUCAGGCCGAUGCAGGAGAGCCGCAUUCAGUUCCAACUCAACGUACUGCAAGGACAGCUGUAUGCCACCGGGGGGCGCAACAGAUCUGGCAGCCUUUCAUCCGUCGAACGUUAUUGCCCCAGGAAAAACGAAUGGACGUACGUGGAUUCACUGAAAAGAAGCAUAUGGGGUCACGCAGGGGCGACAUGCAGAGAUAAACUUUAUAUCUCGGGGGGAUACGGGGUUUCCGUGGAAGAUAAGAAGUCUCUUCAUUGCUACGAUCCUGCCACAAACCAGUGGGAAUUCAAAUGCCCAAUGAACGAGCCACGAGUGCUGCACGGCAUGAUCAGUGUAAACGAGCGGGUCUAUGCUCUCGGAGGAAGAAUGGACCACGUUGACCGCUGCUUUGACGUUCUAGCCGUGGAAUAUUAUGUUCCAGAGACGGAUCAGUGGACGACGGUCAGUCCGAUGCGCGCGGGCCAGUCCGAGGCAGGAUGUUGCUUAUUGGACAGAAAGAUUUACGUCGUCGGAGGGUACAACUGGCAUCUGAACAACGUCACGAGCAUCGUCCAAGUCUAUAACACUGACCUGGACGAGUGGGAGAGAGAUCUGCACUUUCCAGAAUCCUUCGCUGGAAUCGCUUGUACACCAAUUAUACUGCCUCAGUCUGCCACGCAGAGGUGACUCACAUAGCUGGAAAAUGUGAGGUUAAAGAAAUUACAUGAAGGUUUUAUAUUGUUUUGUGUUUUUUCUUCAAUUAGUCACAUUUUGUUUGGUCAGCUGAAAUCUGUUAAGUGGUCUAAACCUGAUAAGACAGAGCUGAUCUCAAGAUUCUAGUUUCCUUAAAUUCUGCUGAUGUAAGUGUUUAUGGCUUAGGCAUGACUGAUUUGAGUCUAAACCCUGAUGUAUUAGCGCUCUGAUACGUCCAUUCUCAUCAAACGGGCAGCAGGCUAUCAAAAAGGCCAGACGUAAAAGAAGAAUACUUGCACGACAUGAACUUUUUCUAGAACAUUCUGAACCACUAGGAGUCCAGAAAGGUUUUGAGAGGAGGACUGAAAGCUGACUCCAUGAUGCCACAGGAUUGCUAGGUCUGAAUUUUUUACUACUUCAUGAUAGCACACGUUACCCUUCUUCCAGUCCAAACUUUUUCUCUCUAUAUUACUUUUUGAAAGUCGCACAUCAUUAGUCUGUAUGCUUUUUUCUAAUAAGAACCAUUUAGAGUUAAUGUUAUAUAAGCACCACUUCCUUAAAAAUGUUUUAAUGUAUUAAAUUACAAUAACAUAAACCACAUUUUUGCAAGAGUGUAGUAGGAUGUGCUACAGCCCCAUGCUGCCUGGUUCGAUCCUGGGCUCGGGUUACUGUCCGUGUGCCGGUGUGCAUGUCUUGAACGGGUUUCUUCUUCCGGUUUCCUUCCAUUUCUGUAUAAAAACAUCCGGCUAUACUUCUUAAAUGGCCCCUGUGUGUGAAAGUUUGUAGAUGGUGCCCCCAUGAUGGAUUGACCUCACAUCCAGAGUGAUUAGCAUUCCCAACUCAUGCCCACUGCGACUCUGACGUCUUCGUACUUAAGUGUGGUUAAAGGGGUUAUUUUGGACAACCCUGUGAGACAAAGCUCAAAUAAACAAGGAACACCAGUGACGGUGAUAAAAAAUGUAAGGAGAGAAAGAUGUGGAGAGAGAUGUUUAUUUCAUGAAAAGAAAUUUUAAUUAGGAAUUAAACAGCUACUUCCUGUGUGUAAUGAUGCAACUAUGGAAUAUAGACAGAUACAUGAUUUCCAGAUUUGGGUUUGAGUUUUUUUUUUGUGGUUUGUUGUGGCCUGAAAUACUCACAGUAGGGUUAGUAAUGCUGUAGUAGCAGCAUGUUUCGGAAAAUGUUGAUUUGUGAGGGUUUAUUUGUUGCUUUCUACUUAAAUUAUUGAAAAUACAAGCACAGGAUCUUCUAUUUUAUGUGGCGUGAUGACGUGACUUCUGAACUAAUUUAAAAAAAGUUGCAGAGUUUUUACUUGAUUUUCUGUUCAUUUCUGCAACCGUAAAUUCGCAGAAUCCAAAGAGACUGAAAAACAAAAAGGUGCAGCGUCCAGUUCUUUUUGUUCGGAAUAUACUGCGGAGGUCUUGCGAGACAUCCGAGAGUCGCUUCAUAAAGACGCUUGACGCUUCCUCGAAACAGCUGCUUCAUCAAGUGACUUCAUGAAGGUUUCUCCAGAUGUUCGUGUAGAAAGAGAAGUGUUUCCUGUCUCUAAGAAUUCAAAGGCAAGCAAGACUGUUUAACACUUCUGGAAAUUUGGGUGUCCCUUUAUGCUUAUGGUGCGUUUCAUUCAUUUUCACUUACAUAAUUAAGGCAGUUUGUCUAAACGUAUUAAGCACAGUACGACUCCUGAGCGAUGACAUUUUAAUUCGUCCUUCGAGAACAUCCAGUUCCAUGGUGCGAUUACAUAACGGCAUUUUUCUCCUCUCCUCGUCUUUUGUAAUCUCUUACAAAGUCAGCAAGCACACAAGACUCCUUUUCCUAAUGCACUUUAUACCUGAACUGAACACAGCCUGUCGAAAUCCAGGUGCAUUUAUUACUGUCACUGUGAUUUUAUAUCUGCGUAAGGGAUGAACAGGAUGUCUCGUCGUAGCGGUAUCGCUAGCACACAUGAAAAAGACAUAAAAUCCUGACUGAGUUAGACCGGAGCAGUGUUGUUUUUUCACUUUAUUUGAAUGUAUAAUAAUCACCACAGUCUUAAAUACUGCAACACCACCACCACUAACGUAUUUUCUAGCUUCUGUUUGUCUUGUACGAUUCGUAUCCGAUCCAUCUAUCAGAACUAAUCCCCAGUUUGCGGUCAUCGGUUGCUGUUUUCUCCAUUCUGAAUAGACUCGCAUGUGAUUUGUUCAACACAUGGGCCUGGAUCGUAGGACAAGAUAUUCUCAGACAAACGUGUUUGAAGGCAGACCAAUUGGAGUUUACACAGCAAAAAUGUAUGAAGUGAAUUUAAUAAAAUGACCGAGACAUUUAUUCAGUGUUUUUUGUUUCUCAUUGCUAGUAUGUUAUUGCAUGAGUAUUACUAUUAAUCACGGUGAUACACUAACCAUAUUCCAGUGAAAUAAAUACCAGAAAGAAGCAGCAAGUUUUCAUGUUUAAUGCACUUACUAUUACAAAUCUGGCCAGUUCUGGGUUUGAUCCGAUCAUGAGUGAGUUACUUGAAUUAAUUCCACAAGAAACGGUUUCUUUGAAUCUAGAAACAGCUUCAAACUUGUUGUACAAUGGAUACAAGAUACAAGCAUCAUGGACAAGAAGUGAACAAUCGCUGGACGUUAAACUGGAAGUUUAGACCAAAUCACUGUUCAUGAUGUAAUGUUUUUUCAUCUUCUUGCAUUUUCUUCUCGGAGAUUCGUUUAAUCCAUCCGUUUGUGUCCGUAAAUGUGUAUCUGUCUUUGUGUUUGUCGACAGUAUGUUGUAUUGUAUACUGUGUCCUACUCGCACUAAUCACAAUAUACGCUCUCUUUAAUAGGAACCUGUGUACGGCUGCCUGUUCAUGUAGCAGCGCCAUGCGUGAAAUGAUCCAGCUUCAGGUCAAGACAUUCACAUAAUGUUUGCAUCAAACAUCAGAAUGGUGGGAAAAUCCGAUAUCAUGAAUUAAGCAGAGAUUAGAUGAGAUGUGUCUUUAUUAUUAAUCCAGGUUUCAAACAACAUUGCAAGGAAGAGGAGUGGCAUCGUGACAUGACGAUGUCCUCUGCUGCUGUUGUAGCACAUCUACCUCAGAAUUCAACAUGUACAUUCUGAGAUGCUUUUCUGGUCUCGGAUGGAGAACCAGUAUCCCGGGAGACCGACAGUUUCUAAAAUAUUGGGAUGGAGAACUGGUAUCCCGGGAGACCGACAAUUUCUAAAAUACUGGGAUGGAGAACUGGUAUCCUGGGAGAUCAACCAUUUCUAAAAUACUGGGAUGGAGAACUGGUAUCCUGGGAGAUCAACCAUUUCUAAAAUACUGGGAUGGAGAACUGGUAUCCUGGGAGAUCAACCAUUUCUAAAAUACUGGGAUGGAGAACUGGUAUCCUGGGAGAUCAGCAGUUUCUAAAAUACUGGGACGGAGAACCGGUAUCCCAAAAGAUCAGCAGUUUCUAAAAUACUGCACCGAAGAACCAGAAUCCCGGGAGAUCAGCUGUUUCUAAAAUACUGGGACGGAGAACCGGUAUCCCAUGAGAUCAGCAGUUUCUAAAAUACUGGGACAGAGAACCGGUAUCCCAAAAGAUCAGCAGUUUCUAAAAUACUGGACCGAAGAACCAGAAUCCCGGGAGAUCGGCAGUUUCUAAAAUACUGGAACGAAGAACCAGAAUCCCGGGAGAUUGGCAGUUUCUAAAAUACUGGAACGAAGAACCAGAAUCCCGGGAGAUUGGCAGUUUCUAAAAUAGUGGAAGGAAGAACCAGAAUCCCGGGAGAUCAUCAGUUUGUAAAAUACUGGGAUGAAGAACCAGAAUCCAGGGAGAUCAUCAGUUUGUAAAAUACUGGAACGAAGAACCAGAAUCCCGGGAGAUUGGCAGUUUCUAAAAUACUGGAACGAAGAACCAGAAUCCCGGGAGAUUGGCAGUUUCUAAAAUAGUGGAAUGAAGAACCAGAAUCCCGGGAGAUCAUCAGUUUGUAAAAUACUGGGAUGAAGAACCAGAAUCCCGGGAGAUCAUCAGUUUGUAAAAUACUGGGAUGAAGAACCAGUAUCCCAGGAAAUCGGGAGUUUCUAAAAUGCUGGGACAGAGAACUGUUAUCCAAGGACAAUGGCAGUUUCUGAAAUAUUGGGAUGGAGAACCGGUAUCCUGGGAGAUCGGCAGUUUCUAAAAUACUGGGACGGAGAACCGGUAUCCCAUGAUAUGAGCAGUUUCUAAAGUACUGGGACAGAGAACUGGUAUCCUGGGAGAUUUCUUAAAUACUCUUUCUUAAAUGCACUUUUGGGCACCAACAACCAUGCCACCUGAAUAUCACCGGGUUCACAUUUUAUCCACAAUCUGAUGUUUGAUGCGAACAGUAACAGAAGCUCUCUUAAAGUCUUUUAUCUGUGUUACGCUGCUGCUAUGUGACUGGCUAAUUCUGAUAACUGCAUGAAGGAGCAUUUCUACAUAUACGCCUAAUAAAUUGGUCAUAAAUCGAGUGUAUCUCCUGAUCUCGUGCUGCCGUAAUCUGUCAUGAACGUCAUUUCAGGCUUUCCGAUUCUUCCUCUCAACACUUCCUCUGUAGUGAUCGAGUAUUAUUAUUGAUUAAAAACAAAGAAUGUAGAUUAAUUGCACGGCUAUUAUUCAUUUCCCCCAUAAUUUCUGCGUACAUACAGUACUGCUGUGUUCAUAACUAAAGACAUGGGCAUGAUGUGUGUGUUUCUGUAUUAAUGUUGUGUCCUUUGCAGUGAAAGAUCUUGUGUUGUCUUAAGCUGCCGAAUGUAUCACCCAUCCUUAGCACUUUUUUUUACGAUUCUUACUCCCGUUCUCUUGUUAUAGUUUCUUUCUUUGUGUCUUGAUAUCCAGUGUCUUUUAUUAGUAACAUUAUUCAUUUAAUAAAACAGGAAAUG